AUGCCCGUGCUUCAGAUUCGCUCUCCGCUGGCGCUCACCUACGUCUUCACCGCGCCGCCCGUCUGCAGCUCGGUCUGCAGCUCGCCGCCGCAGCUCAGCUCCGUCUGUAGCUCGCCGCCACAGCUCAGCUCCGUCUGCAGCUCGCCGCCACAGCUCAGCUCAGUCUGCAGCUCGCCGGCGUCGCCCGGUUCGCCGGAGCAGACGCCGCUGGCAAGACAGACGUCGGUGAUCCGGCGCCUGGUGCUGGAGCCGCGGCCUGAGCCCGAGCCGGCGCAGCACCCGUGCGACGACUGCGGUCGCAAGUACAGCACCGCCUCCAACCUGGCGCGCCACCGCCAGCUUCACUGCCUGCCCGCAGACAAGAAGGCACGCAAGUGUCCCGAGUGCGACAAGGUCUACGUCUCGAUGCCGGCCUACUCGAUGCACGUCCGCACGCACACGCAGGGAUGCCGCUGCCCGUACUGCGGCAAGACCUUCUCGCGCCCCUGGCUACUGCAGGGCCACGUGCGCACGCACACGGGCGAGCGGCCGUUCCGCUGCUCCGUCUGCGCCAAGGCGUUCGCCGACAAGUCCAACCUGCGGGCGCACGUGCAGACCCACUCGAACGUCAAGCCGCACGUGUGCCAGCGGUGCGGCAAGGCCUUCGCGCUCAAGAGCUACCUGUACAAACACGAGGAGUCGAGCUGCAUGAAGGAGCGGCGGCCGGGCCGCGCCGGCUUCAAGUCGUCGCCGGCCGCCGGUGGCGAGCCGGCCACCGAUGCCAAAACCCAGGUUGUGAGUGCGGUGUGAGGACACGUUUGGCCACCAUGCGUUUUCUCGAGGUCUUUUGUACAUAUUUUUAUACGUGUUUUGAGCGCGAUGACCAGCUGAGCUAUGCCAAUGUUCAUGUGGUUGGCGCACGAGAGCACGAACAAUUCGGAAAGGCUCAACAGGAAUAGCUGCCCAGCCAAAUCAUCGAGGCUGUGUUUAUUAGCUCAUCAAAUGAAAACCUCAAGCAUCGGGACAAGCUGCGGCAUGAUCGAUACGGCGGCCGACCACCUGAGGAUCGGGUGGGCUUCGAGCCGUGAUUUGGGCGGGUCGGAAAGCUUCUCACAUCUCAUGCGGUCACCGCAACUUGAGGCAGCUGAUUCAACCGUGACAAUCACGGACACUCGCAUCGUACGCCAAGUGUUAUCGCUAAUGUGCUGGUUGGGACCAAAUAAUUCCUCAACGAUCAUAACGCACCCCGAGAGAGAUCAAAGAUGAGACAAAGCGCGUGAGCCGAGUGACUGUAUUUUUGUAACGACGCAAAUGAAAUAUUUUCUGACGGGCAUUUAUUCUCUCGAUGUUUGCUGAGUACUCUAGUAUCUGUACUGGCUGUGGAAUAAUUCCUUAUAUGCUCAGAAUGCUCAUUUCUAGUGCGUUUGUCUCGACAGACCACAGACCCGGCUCAACUAGCCAAUGUAUCGUGACAGGAUGCAGCCGCGCCGGCUGUCCACUUUUUAGAUACUUUUACAGGGCAAGUUUGCAUGCAUGUGCGUUGACUGUAGUUAGUUCAUCGAGUUCCUUGUAUUGAAUUACGUUUGUAUAGAGUGCGUUUGACGUUCAUACGUAUUUUCUAUUUAUGUGUUGUCACAUUCACCGAUGGAUGCCAGGUAUCAAGAUCAAGAUGUCCUCUACUAGCCGCAUCCCCCUCGCCCUGCGUUUUUAUGUUAGCCUCGAAGAGCACAAAGCUUUAUUUUUGUUUUACUAGCUUUACGUAACUCUAGUCGAGUUUUGCCUAGUCAUAUUUCAAAGCCAACAAACGCUGGCAUCCGCGCGCAUCCACUCUGACGGAGUGCGGCGAGCCCUGUAAUCUUUUCAAAGCUGAGGUCGUCGUGUACUUAGACGCUUCUUAAGCACCCUAGCGGAGUUCCUUCCUAGUCUCCACUUGUCCCACCGGACGUGUUUUCCUGCUGGUAAACACGUCAAAGGUUAUUGCUAUGCGAGCCUAGCGCAACGCGAGCCGCGGCACGCCAGCCUCUUGCGCGGCAGCUUUUCAAUAUUGCGCGUGGCAGCGUUGUUGCAGUUUUAUGUCGGUCAGUACUGAGAGAAGAGGAGGGAAUGUUGAACAAAAAUAAGUCACCGCGUUUCAGUGCGGAUGGUACCGUCUGAACGUUUGAGCGAUACAGGUCACAGUUGUUAUCGAAACAGCGUGUAGUUCGUUUAAUGCAGACGGCGGAGAGAUAUUGCUUUCACGUCUUUAUCGCCCCACCACAUUUAACAAAGACGGCGUUCAAGUUUCGUCUUACUGAAAUGCUAUGCGCUUAACAUCUUGCGUCUUGCAAAGACAAUCGCCUCUGUUCGUUAUUUACGUGCAAGGGCAUGCUGUUGCUGACGUUGCGUUGACAGGCUACCGUUAUGAUGCGGGGAUUUUGUACAGAUAGCCGUCUUGAUGACUAUGGCAUGAUCUUACCUUUCACGAGUGUACCCUGUUCUCUGCAUGAGCUUGCGAUUUAGGUAGACGCAGUGAUAGUUAUUUGAGCCCUUGAAAGGCAGCUAUGGAAAGAAGCCAAAUACGAGGACGGUAAUGAUACUUGUUCACGCAUGGUCGUGUCCCAGCCGAAACCUUCCAAAAUCGUGUCACCAGCGCCAGUGGCUUCCACAUUCUGAUUACCACCACGCUUAGGACAUAAAUUAUGACAGGUAGCGUGCAUGUAAACGUUAAAAAUACGAAACUUAAGCGGAAACUGGGCCCGGGCAUUCGCCAGGUGUGGAGGCUCAUCUACCCCAGCCUCCUUGUCAGGACGGAGCGCCUGGUACACGUGUGACGUCAUGCGACCUUAACGUUGGUGGCGGUGCCUUGGCAGAGCCUGAAGCGGCGGGAUCUUCAGCGCCGAAUCUUAGUCAGUCAUAGUACUUCUCGUUCGGAACAAGCGAGAAAUGUCAAUACUGUAGUUGUGGCCCUUCCACCAUUUACAGCAUUGUUUUGAUACCAGUGUGGAUUGAGCUACGCGUGCGACACGUGUCUGAUCAUGGAGUCUUUUGUAAAUA